AGCAACACUCUCCGAAAUCUACCGGGGAGGGGAAUAAUUUUUACAAGCUGGUUGGGAAAUAGUUAGAUAUCUUUUGAAAAACCCGUAUCUUCCUCUAUGAAAGAAUAGUUAUAGUAUACGGUGUUUUAUGUCAAUCUGCGGCUUGUUAGGUGAAAAAUGUUUAAGAUAUAUCGUUCGAUACAGGCUUGUUUUGGUAUUUUGCUAGGUCAGGAAGGCUUUUGACCACUGGCUGUUUAGUGCCGUUAUUUGGGUAAACAUACUUUGAAGAUUUUUAAAAUAUAAUUGGCAUGGAAAGCAUUUAAUGUAUACCAUAUAAGAUAAGCAAAUAUAGUGUUUAUUGUCAGCUAGAUGGCAGUAUCCCGUUUUCCUGACACGAAUGCUAACGUUGCUAGCUAGCUUGAUGAACAAAAGCUCAGGACGACAUUGCUCGAUGCUCUAUAGCGAAUAGUCUGUGAUUUAAUUGUAGCCGUUACCAGAACCUAUAAGACCAUUGUGCUGUUAUUGGUCAUUAAAUAAAUUAACGACAGCUUAGUAUCUCGCUUGUACGAGUAUGAUAUGCUUGGUCACUUGAGACAGCUUGCUUUUUUUUACUAGCUGGCUAGCUAGUUAAAUGGAUCAAUGGCAUGGCAGUAUGGGUGAUAACUGGUCUAUUUUUAGAUCCGUAUAGCUAAAAAACUUAAAUCAGUUGAUGAGCGUUAACUAUUUUGGCAUUACAGAUGUAACCCAACGACUGUAACGACAACUUAAACUACACUGUUUCGAAUGUACGAUGUUUUAAAUAGAGCUACGAUAGAGAUUUUGUCAAGAGAGAUUCGAUUUCAACUUGUAAACUUUUCAAAUUUUUAUGGCGUUGGUGAUGCUAUUUCUCGACGUACUCUCUGCCUUUAAAGUAACUAACCGUUUGAUGGACUAAUAUUUGCAUCUUGUUCAAUUAAAUUCAAUGAUUCUAAUCCACGCCUUUGACGAUUUCAGUAAUUUAUCAAAAAUUAAACUUCCCUGGUUAGUCCUACAAUGAGCGGGCAAAGUUCAACUGUAGAGAAGGGACUGAAUGGCGUUUUGGUUUGUCAAGAGAGUUACGCGUGUGGCGGAUCAGACGAGGCCGUUUAUGAGUGUGACGAGUGCGGCAGCUUGCAGUGCGUGCGCUGCGACCUCGAGCUCCAUCGGCAGGUGCGCAUGAGGAACCACGAUCGGAUUCGAAUCGCGCCGGGUCAUGUGCCUUUCUGUGAUUCCUGCAAAGGUUAUGGUGGCCCGGCUAACGGCGGUCGAUUCAGGGCAGUAGUUCGUUGUCAAGGAUGCAAAAUAAAUUUAUGUUUGGACUGUCAAAAACGAACACACAGCGGAGCCAACAAAAGAAAACACCCACUUACUCCUUAUCUGCCUUCCAAACCUCCAGAACUGAAUAUGUGUUCUAGUGAUGGAGAGUUGGACGGUGCAAUGGCCCAACUCGAAAAGGUUUGCAGCUUUCUUCUAGUGGAUGAAAAAGAGGAAAUGCAGGUGAAAGAUGGGGAUGACUUUGUAAACAGGUUGGCCUGUGCACCAGAGGAGCUUCUCAAGGUGGUGUCCAUCUUUGGUAAUACAGGGGAGGGCAAAUCUCACACCCUCAACCAUACCUUUUUCAAGGGCCGUGAGGUUUUCAAGACAUCCCCCACUCAGGAGUCCUGCACUGUGGGUGUGUGGGCUGCACUGGACCCAGUCCACAAAGUAGUGGUCAUAGACACAGAGGGACUACUGGGAGCAGGAACCAACCAGGGUCAGCGAACACGUCUCCUGCUCAAGGUGUUGGCUGUGUCGGACCUGGUCAUAUACCGCACUCAUGCUGACCGCCUCCAUGACGAUCUUUUCAAGUUCUUGGGAGAUGCCUCAGAUGCUUAUUUGAAGCACUUCACCAAGGAGCUGAAAGCUACCACUGCCCGCUGUGGCCUGGACGUGCCGCUGUCCACUCUUGGCCCAGCCGUUAUUAUAUUUCACGAGACUGUCCAUACCAAGUUACUAGGUUCAGAUAAGCCAUCUGAAUCUGCUGAACGUCUUCUCCAGGAGCGUUUCAGGAAGCUCAACCUCUUCCCUGAAGCCUUUAGCUCGAUCCACUACAGAGGCACGCGCACGUAUAACCCCCCGACAGACUUCAGUGGACUGCUGCACAACGUGGAACUGCAGCUAGAGAACACCACCACGCGCUCGCCACGCUCUGCCAGCGUCAUCUACAAGGCUCUUCAAGCCUUGAGUGAGCGUUUCAGUGGUGAGAUCCCCGAUGAGCACCUGACCAGUAACUCCUUCUUCCCUGACGAGUACUUCACCUGCUCCAGUAUCUGCCUGAGCUGUGGUGCGGGCUGCAAGAACAGCAUGAACCAUCUCCGGGAGGAGGUGAGCCAUGAGGCUAAGCAUCGCUGCCGAUACUCCGCCCACUAUGACAACCGCAUUUACACAUGCAAGGCAUGUUAUGAGAGUGGUAAGGAGGUGAUUGUUGUUCCCAAGACAACAGCCUCCUCUGACUCACCCUGGUUUGGUUUGGCUAUAUAUGCAUGGUCUGGGUAUGUGAUUGAAUGUCCAAACUGUUCAGUGAUCUACAGAAGCAGACAGUAUUGGUAUGGGAACCAGGACCCUGUUGACACUGUGGUCCGUACUGAGAUCCAGCAUGUUUGGCCAGGGUCUGAUAGAUUCUUGAAGGACAACAACAAUGCAGCACAGAGGCUGCUGGAUGGGGUGAACUAUGUGGCCCAGUCCGUGUCGGAGCUGAGCGUCAAGCCCGCCAAGGCCGUCACAUCCUGGCUCACAGACCAGAUUGCACCGGCUUACUGGAAACCCAACUCUCUUAUAUUUAAUUGUUACAAGUGUGGUGAAACCUUCAAGGACAAUGACACAAAGCACCACUGCCGGGCCUGUGGAGAGGGCUUCUGUGAUGGCUGCUCCUCUAAGACCAGGCCUGUGCCAGAGAGAGGCUGGGGGCUGGCACCAGUCAGGGUUUGUGAUUCCUGCUUUCAGAACAGAGGAAUCCCGGAAGAGCUGUUGGAUGCUGCAUUGGAAGAAGAGGAGAGUGGGACUCUGAUAGCCAGGAAAGUAGGAGAGGCAGUGCAAAACACUUUAGGAGCUGUGGUCACAGCCAUAGACAUCCCUUUGGGCUUGGUUAAGGACGCCGCUCGACCCGCCUACUGGGUGCCCGACCAUGACAUCCGCUGCUGCCACCAAUGCCAAAACGAGUUCAGUGCCCGUCUCUCCAUUCACCACUGCCGGGCUUGUGGUCAGGGCGUGUGUGACAGCUGCUCCCCUGACCGGCGGGCCGUGCCCUCUCGGGGCUGGGACCAUCCUGUGAGGGUGUGCACUGCAUGCAACCAAAAACCCGGAGACCUCUAGCAGGACUGGGGCUCGCAAUACGACAUCAUACACCCACCCCUGCUCUCAGGUCACAAUGUUUCAGCCCAUGUUGGGAGUGACGCGCUGCACUUUGAAGAUGCUGGUCCUGUAAAACAGGAGGAGCAGCUUUGCCAUUUCUUCCUAACAUUCAGUGCUUUCGCAAGCUUGACACCGCUGAGUCCAGUGCACUGAAAACCAGCUCACUCUGAAAAGGAAACGGCAACUCAAACAUCAUGUCAAUGGAAGAACACUUGAUGUUAUUUUGACAAUACAUUGCACAUCAUGUGACAUAACCCAGAUACACUGUGCCGCCACCAGGCUGAUUCGGUGAACUUUAGGUCAUUUUUGGCUUAAUUAUGUUUUUAUGGUUUUAGCAUUUCAUGAACAUGGGCUGAAAAUUGACAAAUCUUUGACUCUCCCCAAUUAAAGUCUGCAUGUAUGCAGAGAAUGCCUAUACUGUAAGCAAAAGCAGCUCUGUGGCCAUUGCAAGGAACUUGCAGAGUAGAAUACAGGCUAUUCAUGCUAUUGCACCCCUCAAUUCCUAAGUCAGUUUAGGAAGCAUUUCGGUCCUUAAUUUAGCUUUUUAUCUACUUACCCCAGGGGAUAUUUUUCUUUAAGCAUGGCCCUAAUGUAGUGCUACAGUGCAUUUUUGUUUUAUCCCUAUAAUUUGAAUUUGUCUCCUUGAUCAUAGGUUGACGUAAUUCUCAUGGUAUUGGGGACAUCUGGGGGGGGGGGGGGUGUGCCUGUUUUAGUAAUUUACUACCGCAGUGGUGAACAAUCUGCAUACUGCUUCUAACACUAUUAGAGACUGCAGAGGAAGUAUAAAAUGUGGCACUGCAUAGGUGGCUGUACACCUCUAUGCCAAUCCACUUGAUUAUAAAUUCAUAUCAUUCACAAUGUUAAUAUUCAUAUUUCGAUUUGUACAGUAGUUAUCAUCUAGUCCCUGGUAUGAGUUAUUAGGUUUAUGUAAAGUGUUCCUCAGCCAAAAAUAAAGCACUUGUCUGAGAUUUGAGACAAUAGUGACUGAAUGUGUCUGAGACAGAUGUACCAUGAACAUGAGUAAUUGUCCUGUUUUAUGCACCUCGUAUGCUGACUCAAUUAAACAUGAGUACCUCUAA